CACAGGUCGGACCGCUUCACUUCCGGUGUCAGGUCAACAUGUUCCCUCUGAGAUUGUCGCUGCGGUUAAACUCGAUUUUAUCUCAACACGUAAACACGAGUUUGAGGAGUGUGACGUCAAACGUGGUCCAACGGAAAGAUGACGUGCUCGUGAAGAUGGAAAAUCCGUUUAAAGAGGCUCAGACCGGAUGUGUCCUGUGUAACGUGCAGGUGGAUUUCAAGAACACACAGCUGCUGUCUCAGUUCAUCUCCCCUCACACAGGACGGAUCUACGGCCGACACAUCACAGGUUUGUGUGGAAGAAAACAGAAGGAAAUCUCCAAGGCCAUAAAGAAAGCUCACUCCAUGGGUUUCAUGUCGGUGACUCACAAACACCCACAGUUCAUGAAGGAUCCCAACAUCUGUGGCAUCAAACAUCUGCAUUAGUGGACGGACCCGUGUGUGUGUGUGUGUGUGUAUGUGUGUGUUUGUGUCAUUUGUGAAUUAAAACCUGUUAAUUAUGA